GGUGGUUGGUAUAUCUCAAUAACGCAAAGGAGACUUGCAACGACUCUCCGGCUCGUCCAUAGAUCCUCUAGAUUCUUAUCUCUUUCCUCAUCGACCAGUAUACUUAGCUCCUGUGGAUGGAGAGGAGGAACUCAUCGAAUAGAACAACGAUGUGGAUGACCGACAAAGGUGAUGUCAAGAAGCCGCUGGGGGCUGAAUUCGAGGUGUUCUUGAAUUUUAGAGGACCUGACACCCGCCAGACUUUUGCUGAUUGUCUAUAUCACUUCAUGGACAUAGCUGGGAUUCGUGUUUUCAGAGACGACGAAGAGAUCAGAAACGGUGAAGCAAUCGUAGGCGAACUGGAGCGUGCGAUCAAGAGCUCUUUAAUCUGUAUACCCAUCUUCUCUAGAAACUACGCGUCCAGUGCGUGGUGUCUUCGCGAGCUUGCAAUCAUGGUGGAUUGCAAAGCGAUGAUCCUGCCGGUUUUCUUUGACGUGAAUCCUGGCGAUGUCAAGCUCAGAACCGAGCUGUACCACGGCGCUCUGCAGAAGCACGAGGAGAAGUUCGGCAGCGAUACAGUGCAGCGAUGGAAGGAGGCUCUGGGGAAGGUCGCUCGGAUGAAAGGAUGGAAUAUCAAAGAUAGAGGGUACCAUGGUGAACUCAUUAGACAAAUUGUUGCUGAGGUUUUGAACAAGCUGAACAACAGAGACAAAAAUCUACCCAAUCAUUUGGUCGGAAUUCAGGAUUGUGUUGAAGAGGUCAUGCGCUUGUUAGAUGAAGGUUCUCCUGAUGUUCAUUAUCUAGUAAUCCACGGAAUGGGGGGCAUUGGUAAAACGACUCUUGCUAAAGUUGUCUUUAACCACAUUUAUUGUCGGUUUGAUGGAUGUAGCUUCCUUUCCGAUGUUCGAGAAGCUUCAAAGGGCGGCAAAGUCGUUCAAUUGCAAAAACAAUUAUUGUCAGAAAUUCUCAAUUCCAAAUCAGUAGAAAUUUCUGACUCUGAUGCAGGGAUUAAUCAGAUUAAAAGAAGAUUCCGCUACAAGAAAGUCCUUAUUGUCCUUGAUGACCUAGAUGAGUGGGACCAGCUCUCAAAACUUGCAGAAAAGCGUGAUUGGUUUGGUCAAGGGAGCAGAAUUAUUAUUACGACGAGGAACACCAACUUUCUGCCUAUCGAAGAGGAGAACCGAGAAAAUGGUGUCCAAACAUGUUUUGAAGAGUUUAAAAUCUAUGGAAUGAGAGAAUUGUCCCAUCGCCAUGCUCUUCGGCUUUUCAGUAGCCAUGCUUUUAGAAUGGAUUCUCCUCCACAUGAUUAUUAUCAUACUUCUCGCGAUAUAAUUCGCAAAACCGGUGGACUUCCUUUGGCUGUUGAAGUCAUCGGUUCCUCUCUUUGUGGCAAAAGCAUAUCACUUUGGAAAGCCACGUUGAAGAAACUAAAUUUAAUUCCCAAUCAAGAUGUCCAUCACAAAUUAAAGAUCAGUUUUGAAAUGCUGGGGGAUGCACAAAAAGAAAUUUUUCUUGAUGUUGCGUGUUACUUUAUCGGUAAGGAAAAAAUCCAUCCACACUAUAUGUGGAAAGCGAUGGACUUUUACCCAAAAGUCGAGAUCUAUGUCCUUUCCCGAAUGUCUUUGAUAAAGGUUAAUGGUGACAGAUUGUUGAUGCAUGAUCUACUUAGAGACCUUGGCAGAGAAAUUGUUCGACAAGAAAAUAAGGUUCUUGAGAAGCGUAGUAGACUAUGGUCUCCCAAGGAUGCGUUGGACGUACUGCAGAAUAGAAAGGGAACAGAGAACAUCACAGCACUCAAACUAAUCGGACUUCCAAAAGAGCACGACUUUACAAGUGAAGAGUUUUCGUGGUUACCUAACUUAAGGUUGUUGGAAUUAGAGGGGGGGAACUUGAUAGGAGAUUUUAAGAAUCUUCUCUCGAGUUUAAAAUGGCUCUCUUGGUGUCGCUGCCCUUUAUACUUGCAGGCGGUCAAUCUGCGUUUACAGAAUUUAGUCGUGCUCAAGCUUUCGAACAGCGAAAUCCCAGAGAACUGGAAUGGAUGGGGCCCAUGCUUGGAGAGUCAUGACUUGAAAACUAUACAUCUCAUGAGAUGCCAUCUAUCGACUGCUCCUGACUUCUCAACGUGCUUGAAUUUGAGGAUACUGGUUUUUGCUGAACAUUGUCCAGAGUCACCACAAAUCGGUAGCUCCAUUGGUAAGCUAGAGCACCUAAAGCGCUUGGAAAUAAUUGCAGGCGGAGUUCAUCCGUCAAAUUUGUCUGGAUGCCCCUCUUUUGACCUGCGCGUAAUGCCUUCUGAAAUAUGCUGCCUAAAGCACCUGUCAAGUCUAAAGUUAGAGGGGCAGCGUAUACGAGAGCUUCAUCCAUCUAUUGGAGACAUAGUGGGCUUAACAUGCUUGUCUUUAGUGGAUUGUUAUCGGCUUAGAAAGCUUCCAGACUCCAUUGGAAAAUUGACAUCGUUGCUUGUAUUGAAUUUGUUCAAUACAAGAAUCAGAAAUUUACCCGAUUCUGUUGGAGAUCUCAAAAGAUUAGAGAAACUGUAUAUGGGAUGCACUCGGAUAAGGGAGCUACCUCGGUCCAUUGGAGAACUAGAAUCAUUACUUGACUUGGACUUGCAGUUUUCAGCGAUUAUAGCAUUGCCUGCUUCCAUUGGAUAUCUUAAAAGACUGAAGCGCUUAAAUAUGGCUUGCAGCAAGAUGAGAGAGUUACCUAAUUCUAUUGGAGAUCUCAAAAGAUUGAAGGAAAUGAACCUGGCAUACACUCAUAUAAGGGAGCUACCAAGCUCCAUCGGAGGACUAGAAUCAUUGCUUUACUUAUGCUUGUACUGUACAAAGAUUACAGAUCUGCCUGCUUCUAUUGGAUAUCUCAGAAGGCUGAAGAACUUAACUACGUAUGGGAGUAAGCUAAGAAGGCUACCGAAGGCCAUAUGUACUUUGGAGAAUCUUCAAAGGUUGACAUACCAUGAUCGUAGUAAUGUAGAUAUUACAUGGCCUCCUCUGCUUAGGGACCUUGACAUAUUUUGCGAUGAUCCUCGAUCUCUCCCAAGGCUUCCUCUAGGUCUUCGUUCUUUGGAAUUAAAUGGUGUCAAGUCACCGAUGGAACUACCCCUCCUCCCCGAAUUGAGAUAUUUGCCUGAGUUAACACUCUCUAGAUGGGGAUUGAGAGAGAUGGAGUUUAAACAGCUAGAGAAUCUCCAUCGUUUAGAAGUGAGUCACUGUAAAUCGCUGGUGAGGCUAUCGGGUCUAUCAAGCUUAGGGAAGCUCAAGAAUCUGCGUAUCACGUCGUGCUCACAGCUAAUCGAGAUUCGAAAUUUGGAAGAAAUGGAAUCGUUGGAGGAAUUAAGUAUUGCGAUGUGCAGCUCUAUAGAAAGGUUGCCUGAUCUAUCAAAACUCCAUAAGUUGCGAAGUUUGCACGUAAACGAUUGUAAUUCACUGCAAGGUUUGCCUGAUUUACCAAACUUUUUGGAAGAAUUAUCUAUUGAGAAUUGGAGCUCUAUAGGAAGGUUACCUGAUCUAUCAAUGCUAUAUAAGUUGCGGAUUUUAAACCUCCUUCACUGUGAGUCACUGCAGAGGUUGCCUGAUAUACCAAACUCAUGUGAUCUCUACGUUCAUGCAUGCCCAAAGUUAGGUGAGUCCCGUGAGGAUUUUGGAUUUUGCUGUCACUGUGCAAAUUCCAACCCGCGCCUGUCUUUAAGGCGGCGAAGGAUGAUUCGUUGGCACUUGCUGGUUCUCAUGAUGGAUCCUCUGCAAACGACGACGGAGAAACUAAGGGAAGCUUCUCCAUUCACCGUAAGAUCUGUGAGUUACCAUUCUUCUGAUUUCCUUUGUUGGACAUUGGUUCCUUCUCUCAGAUAUUGACUUGGUUAUAAUUAUUAUUACUAUCGGAUUCGUGAAGAUGGAUUUCAGAUUCUUGAUCAAUACUAAACUCGGGAAUACCGAAUAUCCCUUCGUGGAAUCUCCCCAAAGAAGUUUCCAAAGACUUUUGUGAAGUAUGACAAUCUUGGACAUCCAUUGUAAUUGUAUCAUUGAAACUUGUGUUUUUCUCUUUCCUUAUGUUCUGAUUUGAUAGUUUUCUUUGCCAUUGAUAGGGUGUUCGGACAUCGUUAUUUGUUAAGGACUUUGCUCCUAAGGUAAAAGUCACCGCCCAAAUUUUACAAAUCUUGUACAUUUUCUCAACCUACAUGACAGAAAUUUAUUGUGGGUUUGUCAAAUAAUGUGUGCAGUGGGAUCCUCCAACUUUGGAAGAAGUAAGCAAGGGGAUGGUAGAUUUUUAUGUCUCCCCACUUAUAUCUGAGCCUGAUCUAGAGCUGCUCACAGCCUUGCAAGAACCCUCUCUGUACGACAGAUGCACGAAUUCUCUUUUGUCGGUUUACUCGUGAACUGUGUGAUUUAAUUCCGAGCCUAUCACAAUCCUGCAAAAAGUGAUGCCCGAUUAUGCUUGAGAAUAUAUUCCUAUUAUACUCUGCAGAUUUUCGGUUCUCUCUCGCUUGUGAUCCGCCUCUUCUUGAAAUGAACCACGGUAAAUAACCAAUCAUUGAAAUGAUGUUGCACUUGUCGAGUUGAUUCUUAUCAAUAGAGAGAAGAAAAUAUUCUUGGGAAUUUUUUGGAAGUUCAAUUUUUUGUUUUGUCGUUAAUAUUUUUCAGCAUUAUGACACA